AUUUUCAAUAAAACUAAACGAUUUGUUUGAAUUAAUUGAAACUCAACCUUUUGUAAUUAUUUAAGGUUGGCCUUAAAAAUAGCCAAGUCUAGUUACUCAUGUAGUCAGUCUGGACAUACUCCAGUGAACACGUGGUUUAAAAGCCUCUCCCCCUCCACCAACACAUACUGUUAUACGUAACUGAGCAGAGCAUUCAUUGAGAUUUGUUCAAUGAAACUAGACCAUAUUUAUUUAAACUGCUGACUGGAGGAAUUAUUUCUUUUUGUGGGGGGGCGAGUAAUACAAUAGAAGUUUAAAUUGUUUCUGAUCUUUAUAGGAUUUACAACACAUGACCGAUAGAGAGUGCAUGUACAAUACCAAAUUUUAUACUGUAUAUGGUAGUAAUAAUAUAUGACAAUUAUACAUGAAUGUAUAUGCCGGAAAGUAUUAAGUGUCGUUUAGAGGGGGAAAUCUAUCAUAAGUAUCGCGGCCUUUCAUCGAACUGGAUAUUUAAGUGUCAUCACUAAUCACACAGCACUAUUCAUUGAUUGUUGGCUUUCUGAGGCGGAUCUUUUUGUGUAUUUUCUGCAUUUUCUGCUCCGAUUUUUCAUAUUCGGUAUUGAUUAUUUCAAAACUCCCAGUCACAGCUGAUCAUAGAUGAGUCAGUCAUAGAACUGUUUCUAAGAGGACAAAUUAUUGACACCGAACUGCUGAUAAACAACAAAGGAAAUUAUACUUGUGCACAGUUUUCAAGUAAUUUUAGUGAUAUUUAUUGGUGUUGUAAUCGUUAUUAUUGUAGUUUAGUUGAUUUUCAAUAAUUGUUGAGGUUGCAGCUAUACAGACCAUUUUAAAUUUUUGUUAUACUGAAGCAGACGUGAAAAGGAUUAAAAAUGGAAGCUGAAGGUGUAAGUAAAAAAAAUGAGCAGGAAAUAUUAGGUGGUGGCGAUGUUGAAGUUGUCAUUGAAGAAUUGAAUAGUGGCGAUGAUAAAGUAAAAGUAUCGGAACCAGAAGCUGUUGAAGAAAAUGACCAGAAUGGAAAAGAGAAUGAUGAAAAUGUUGAUGAUGAUAUUGAUAGGGAUGGAGACAAUGUUGAGGCUGACAACAAUGAGAAGGUAGGCAAUGAGGUUGAACAUGAUGACACAGCUGAGAAUAAAUUUGAAGAUAAUGACCAAGCAGAGAUUCAAAAUGAUGAUAAAAUUAACAAAGAAAAUGAAGAAGAUGACAAAGUGGAGACUGAGGUGCAAAAUGAUGGUACACUGGAGAAGGCAGAUUCAGAACACUCUGACAAGGAAGAAGAAAAGGAAGUUGAAAUUGAAGAAGAUAUGGGUAAGAAUGCAGUGGAAGAUGUAGAAGAUGUUGGAAACAAUGCUAUUGAAAAUGAUGACUAUAAUGAAAAAGAGAGAAACCAGGAAGUUCAAAUUGAUGAUGUUCAGGGAGUUGAAAUUGAUGAUGUUCAGGAAGUUGAUGUUCAGGAAAUUGAAAUUGAUGAAGUUCAGGAAGAUAAAGAAGAGGACAAAAAUAAAGAAAACGAAAAUGGGGUAGUUGGCAAUCAAGAUAUUUUAAAAGAGAGAGAUAAUGAAAUAGACAUACAAAUCAUAGAGAAGGACGACACUGCAGAAAAGGCUCCUGUUUCUACUCCCAUUACAGAGAAGAAAAAAUCUCAGGAAGUUCCAGAAAAACACAUUCCAAAUGGAGAUGACAAAAAGUACAAUAACAAAGAAAAUGAUGGCCUUCCAGAACAAAACAAUAACACUGUUAAAGAUUCUAUUUCAAAAUUUGGUGCACCAGUUCAAAGAAAGGAAAAGGGAAUGUUCAAAGUCGUACAGACUGAAAAGUGUGCCGCAUGUCAGAAAACCGUGUAUGCUAUGGAAAAACUCGAGAUGAACGGCCAUAUUUAUCAUAAGAAUUGCUUCAAAUGCUCGCAUUGUAGUGCACGAUUAACGGCAAAAACAUUCAGCAUGAAUGAGGGAGUGAUAUACUGUGUAAACCACUUUAAGCAGCUUUUUGCACGCAAAGGCAAUUAUGAUGAAGGCUUUGGUAGACAGCAGUAUAAGAAAAGAUGGCAAGGGGAUAAAUCGGACGGUGCUACUGCAUAGCUUUUAUACAAUGAUUGUCCAUGUUAGAUGUAUAUUUUUGUUGAAUGUAGCCUAGGCAGAAUUUUUUGUAUUAUUUUUUUUUUUCGUAUAAAUGUUUUGAUGAAUGAACAGUUUUUGCUAUUGUUUACAAUGUAUGAGUAUUGAGUGAUCUCCCUUUUUUUGAAUUUCACAAGAAGGAAAGAAGAGUUAAUUCCCUUUGAUAUCAAGUAAAUGCUCAAUGUUUUUUCUUAGAUGUGAGUAGCAUAAUGUAUAAUUGUCUCAAAAUUAGUGUUGAAAGAAAAUCCAUUAUGUUAAUCAUUAUGCCAGACUGCUAUGACUUUCCUAAAGACAAUAGAUAUAUUCCUUGUAACAAGUCUUGUUAUUUUGUAAAAUAAAACUUAUAUUUUAAGAGCUUAUAUGUUGAUAAAUGAGCAUAAAUCAAAGAAGAAUGAUACGAGCCACAUCUUGUUGUUUUAGUCCUUGUGGAUUCAGAAAUGAUGUCAUAAAACAACAUCGUGAUUUAAAUGUUGACCUGAUCUUGUUGUUUAGAAAUACUGCACUCUGCCCUUAUUUAGUGUAAGUUUGCAUUUAUUGAAUUCAAAUUGCAAUGGUAAAGUUAAAGGGCAGAGAGAGAGAAAAAUAUUCUAGAAAAAAAGGAUUGUUGUCUGGUAUACAAGAAGUAAAAUCACUGGACAUGGCUCAUAUGUAAGAACAAUAGUGUUUAUGUUUUCUAACAGAAAUACAAGGAAAUGAGGGCUCAAUUACUUAUUAAAUCAUACUGUUGCGAACUUUUAAAUGACAUUUAAUACAUUGAAUUUGAAUGUGUGUGUGGCAAUAAAGAUCAAAUCUUUAUACAAUAUACAUAAACUGUAUUGAUAUCUGAAGAUAAUUCAGAAGUAUGAUUAAUUUGUGUGAAAAUAUUUCAAAAUAGUUCAAUGAAAGAAUUGUGUGAUCUUUAGAAGAAUGAUAGUGAAACUACUAAAUGUAUUUUGUGUGAUACCUUAGUUUUAUUCUAGAAAGAAAGAAAAAUGCCAUUGAUUUUGAUAAUGAACAAAGAUUUUUAAGGGGAAAAAAUGUCCCAAAAUUUGUCCAAUGAACUAAAUUUUUGUAUAAUUGUGUUAAUGAUUUCUUGUUGCCUUAUAUUAUUCAUUUAUAUGUCAUGAAUUUUUUUGGUCAUAUAUUUUGUAUAGAUUCCCAUUGUAAAAGUGUGCAUGUAUAUUUUCACAUGACAAAGUGUUUGAUAAAUCUUGAAUCAAUGCCUUCAAAUUAUAAGGUCAUAUUUGAAAUAACAAAAUAUUACAUUUACUGCCUUUUGUGUUAAAGUCAUUUAAUAUAACCAUGUAAGGUUUUGAAUGAAAUUUUUUUGUAUUGUUUCAAAGUCUCUGAACGUACCUUAUUUUUCGAUGACAUGCUUAUCGUCAGCAUGGUAACUUGAAUAUCUGAAUAAGAUUUUCGAUAUAUGCAAUAAGCUUGCAGAAAUGAUAUUCUAAGAAGUGAGAAUGUUUUCAUGUGAAAACAGGACACUGUGUAAGGUCUCCAUGACCAAGCAGAAUAAAGCUUUAAAGGGUCUUUAUGAUUGUGCAGAUAAAGCAAGUCAGAAUUCCACAAAUGUAUUUGUAUUCUACAAUAGGGAGGUAUUCGCCUAGCUUACAAGUCGGUGACUCUUCCUAUUGUCAUGUUCAUACCAGAAAUAAUGCACAGUCAACAAAAAGUUAAGCCAUAGAAUCAACAUUAUAAGCUUUACAAGUUUUCGUGCCACAAAAAUGAAAAAAAAAGGAAAUGAAAAACAUUUAACAUUAAUUAAAACAAAAGGUUAUCACACAGUGUUUGACCAUUGUUUUCAAAAUCAAGGUACAGUUUAAGAGAUGAAGAAUUUUGAUGAAAGAAUGAGUUUGUAUGAAAGUUUGUUUGAUGAUGAUUUAUACGAGUAUCAAUUUUACUGUUAAAGUGUUCUGUUAGUUUUAUUAUUUCAUCUUGCCAGCAAUACAUCAACAAGUUAGAUAUGCAAUUUCUCAUGUUGGAAGAUUUUGUUAUAUUCUCAUUUAUAAGACUGUCUCAGUCAUAAGACAGGCCCUGUAUUUAUCAACAAAGCUAGACUUAAAAGCAGAAAGCUAUUAUGCCACAGCCAUAGGUUUAGUAAUGCUCAUAUUAUUGUUGAUUUUGAAUUUCUUUGUUUAUUUACAUCUUAUAUAUAGAAAUGGUCUUAAUAUGUAAUUAUUGAUAAUUAGUACGAAAUUUAUACAGCUGUAUAUGGUAUCAAUUAAUACAUUUUUGAAACUGGUAAUGCCAAGUUUGUUUUUUAAGAAUAUGUUAAAGAGAAAAUUCAGUGGAUCAUGUGAUGAUUAUAGAUAUCAUAUUGAAGUGAUAGAUUUGAAAAUCAAAAGUACUCUGUUAAGAGGGCCAGUAGCUAUUUUCUAAUUUUGAUAUUUUUCAUCGAUUUUUUUCAUCCCAAGAUUUUAUAUGUGAAAUAUAUUGAUUUAAUGACUGACAAAGCAUAGCACCAUCAUGUUUAUGUGAUCUGUUAAGAAUUUGCCUUUGUCAGCUUUUGGUACAUCACCCAAGAACAUUAUAUUACUUAAAUUUAAUAAUUAUGUCAUUGGCAGUUGAUUAUAAAGGGAGUUGAGAAAUUAACAGAGGCAACUGUUCUCUUAUUCUUCUUCAAGGAUAUGAUAUUGUUUUUGAAGUAUAAUGCAAAUUUGGUACCAACUUACAUGAUUAUGCAAUGAUUUGCAGGAAGCUUUUGAGCUGUAAUGCAUUAUAAUGCUGGAGUUCACAGUACUUUGAUACAUUGUACAAAAAUGAAUGGAAGGAAAAUUUUGAAAUUGCCGAUUGCCAUGAUUUUUCUACUAUGUUUAUUGUGCUAUAUUAUUAUUUUUUGUUUUGCUUAUUUUAAUUUUCUCUGCAUAUUUCCAUAUAAUGUGUAUAGCCAUAUGUAACUAUUUAUAUCAGUUAUUAGUGUACAAUAUACAGCUAUGUAUAAGUGAUAUUUUUAUUUUGUUGUAUUUUUAGGAUCAAACAAUUUUCAAAGAUCAAAGCUUGGCUAGUUAUUUACUGAACAUUUAUGACUUAAUUGACUAUUUUGUGUACAUUUCUCUAUUGCUUAAGUCUGAGAAGCACAUACAUUAUACAGUGUAUAUAUUAUCAUAAUAAGGAUAAUUUUGUCAGAAUAUCAUCCUCUACAUUACAUUUGUAUUAUUUUCUGUUGCUAGGAUAUUUUUUUUUUGUUGAAUGAAAUUGUUAAGAGUGAAAUUAUUUAUUUAGCAAUCAAUUAACUAUUUUAUUUCAUUAAAUGAGAUACCUACUGUGCUAGGCUGUCAAAAUUAUAAGUAAAUACAGUUUUAAAAAAGUUUUGACAUUAUUUUCAUAAAUUAUGCAAAUUACCAUUUGAUACUGAUGAGUAAUGAGUUAUUUGAUAAUUAAAUGUUGAAAAUAAUCAUGGAGAGACUGGUUGAUUAUUGCAGAAUUCCGAUACAUUUUAUAUAUAAUACUUUCAUGUCUUGUGCUUGUAGCUACAGCAAUUCUUCUAUACUUAGAUAUAAAACUGCAUCAUUCGCAAAAUAAAAAUGCUGUAAAAUGUGA